AUGGAAAAUCAUCAACCUGUUAUGAAAAAGGGAAAAACUUUAUUAUCUUUUUUUCAAAAACAAGACCAAUCUGAAGGUUCCUCAAUUCCUAAUGAUGUCCCCCCUUCAGUAGCCACAUCUUCUGAAUUCAUAGAGUCUUCACAUUCUAAUCCUGUCAUAGAACUAUCUGUUUCUAUUGAACGUGAUCCGGGGAAGAGGAAACAAAUAUGUGAAUAUCCAAUAAAUGAACGAGACCAAGUUCGACGAGCUUACCUAAAUGCUGGACCAUAUCAACCGAAACUUUUGACAUAUCAACGAACACAAUUUGGUAAGCAAACACGUAGAUUCCAAGAACAUUGGUAUAAUAAGUUUCGGUGGUUGGAAUACUCUUCUUCAACAGAUAAGGCAUAUUGCUUUUAUUGCUUUCUUUUUCUUACCGAUCCUACUCAACCAAAUCUUUCAUCAUUGGCCAUCGAUGGAUUUAACAGUUGGAAGAGGGUAUGUAAUGGAGAUAAGUGUGCAUUUCUCACUCAUGUUGGUACCUCUUCUUCAUCACAUCAUAAUGCAUCUUUGAGAAAGGCCGAAGGUUUAAUGAAACCAUCUCAGCAUAUUGACAAAGUAAUGCUUGCUGUAUCAAGUGAGGAGGUUCAGAAAAAUCGUCUGCGUCUUAAAACCACAAUUACAAGUGUGCGGUGGCUUGCACUUCAAGGUUGUUCUUUCAGGGGGCAUAACGAAUCAUCUAAGUCAUUGAAUCGAGGGAAUUUUCUUGAAUUGUUGGAUGCUUUUGGACGACUUAAUAAAGAAGUUGGAGAUGUAUUGAGUAGUGCUGCAAGAAAUAAUACAUACACUUCUCCAAAAGUACAAAAAGAGGUUUUGAAUAUUAUGGCCAAUAGAGUUCGACAAAGAAUUCGAAGUGAAAUUGGGGAUGCAAGCUUUUGUAUUCUUGUUGAUGAAGCACAAGAUGAAUCUAAACGUGAGCAAAUGGCUCUUAUCUUAAGGUUCGUGAAUAGCAAUGGGAUUCUAACAGAACGAUUUUUUGAAAUCAAAAGUGUUAGUGAUACUACCUCAUUGACACUCAAAAACACAGUUAGUGAUAUUCUUGUUCAUUACAACCUUCCAGCUCAGAACAUGAGAGGCCAAGGGUAUGAUGGGGCUAGUAAUAUGCGGGGUGCUUGGAAUGGACUACAGGCUUUAUUUCUCAAAGAUUGUCCAUAUGCAUAUUAUGUACAUUGUUUUGCGCACAGAUUACAAUUAACAUUGGUUUCAGCAGCUAAGGAUGUUCGAGAUAUUUGGGAUUUCUUCUCUCAUUUGGAUAAUGUUGUUAAUAUGAUGACGUCUUCUCCUAAGCGUCUUUGUGAGUUGCAAAUUACUCAAAGAAGAGAAAUAGAGCAUUUGCUAGAAAUUGGAGAACGUAAUCCAGGACGUGGGGCUAAUCAGAUUGGUAACUUGCAACGAGCAGGGGCAACUCGUUGGAGUUCUCAUUAUGACUCUGUAAAGAGUUUAAUAGAUAUGUAUGGUGCUACUUGUAAGGUGCUUGAGCAUCUAAGUGAGCAUAGUUCAAAUACAAGUUCUCAGGCUGAAGUUGGUGGUAUAUAUAAAAACAUAACAAGCUUCGAAUUUGUAUUUGUCUUGCAUUUCAUGCGUAGGAUUUUGGCCAUCACUGAUAUUUUGUGUCAGGCCCUCCAGAAGAAAACUCAAGAUAUUUUAACUGCAAUGAGAUUUGUCUACAGUACAAAAAUUGUCAUUCAAGCAUUGAGGGAAGAUGGCUGGGAAGAAUUUCUACAGGAAGUGACUUCAUUUUGCUCAAAACAUGAUGUUUACAUACCUGACUUCGACAGUUCAUAUAGGGUUGGUCGUUCCCGUGGGCGAGAGUAUCCUACAGUUGAGCAUCAUUAUCAUUUUGAUGUUUUCAAUAAAGCAAUAGAUUUUCUUCUGAUGGAGUUAAAUACAAGAUUUAAUGAGACAUCAGUAGAACUCCUUUCUCUUAGCGCAGCAUUGGACCCUAAAAAUUCAUUUGAAUCAUUCAACAUAGAUGACAUUUGCAAGCUUGCAGAGAAGUUUUACCCUCAGGAUUUUACAAAACAAGAUAUUUAUUCCUUGAGAAUUGAGUUGCAACAUUAUCAGAGUGAUGUGAUUUCUGAAUCUCGAUUUCAAGUAUCCACUCUUUCUAAUUUAUGUCAGGAGUUGGUUGCGAGUAGAAGGUCAGAGAAUUAUGUUAUGCUGACACGACUGAUUUAUCUUGUGUUGACACUACCCGUAUCUACUGCUACAGUUGAAAGAGCUUUUUCAGCCAUGAAACAUGUCAAAACUGCAAUUCGUAACAAGAUGGAGGAUGGUUUUCUUGCUGAUUGUAUGACCAUUUAUAUUGAGCGAGAAUUUGCAAUGAAUAUAGAUGUAGAGUCUAUUAUUGAUGAAUAUUACGCUUACGAUCAGCAUUUGAAUAUGAUUCUUGGAGAUGUGGAAGAGAUCAUAACUACUGUGGGAAUUGACAAUGAGACUUAUGAAGAAAUAGUUCAGACCACCAAGCGAAUUGUGCCGUUUCUUUUUGUUCAAGGUGAUAGAGUUAUUUUAGUUUCUCCACCUUUGAGGAUAGCAUGA